AUGGCAUCCGCCAGUCCUCGCGAGCCGAAAAUCGGCACGCAAACACCCUUCGACACUAUCUCGCUACAGCUCUGUUUCCGCAGCGACGACGCGCAAUUCUGGUGGAAUACCACGGGCCGCAUGCUCGCGCGGCUGCUCCGAGGUGCCAAAUACACGACGACUGAGCAGUACCGCGAGCUCUUCUUCUAUGCCCUGUGGGUAAUCCCCGAGCUGGGUCCCGCGCCAAAUACCGGUGGCGAGCCCAACGCAUGGCCCAGCGUCUGGUCACCUAGCGGCACUCCGAUCGAGUUCAGCUGGGACUUUGGUAUCGUUGGCGACGGAUCCAUGGUCAGAUACUCGUUUGAGCCGAUUGGGAAACAGGCGGGGACCGACGAGGAUCCUUUGAACAGCCAUGCUGCUGGCGACUGGAGUGAUUGUGUUCACCGACAGGGGAUGGUUCCGAACCUGGACCUGUCGUGGUACCGCCAUUUCACAGCCCACCUCCUCCCGCCGACAGACCCAAAGAGAGUUCAGACAGGUGAAGGCAUGGUGGUCGAAGAGAUCACGCCGAAGGCCGGCACGGGCGUGGCGAUUGAUGUCGAGGCGUCCGGCCCCGUCAUGAAAGUCUAUCUCUUCCCCGGCCUCCGGGCACUCGAGCUUAGCAUCUCCAACCUCGAGGUCGUCGAGCGUGCCAUCCGCAGCCUGCCGCCCGACAAACUCGCCGCGCUACAAGUCGAGCCUCUGCUGUCAUACCUGCAUGAAGCGACAGCGCGGUGGGGCAUGGAAACGGGGAUUGUGUGCAUCGACUGCCUGAAGCCCGGCGACGCGCGCAUCAAAAUCUACGUGCGUGCGCCGCACACGACGCUUGACUGGCUGACGGACGCCAUCACGCUCGGCGGGCGCAUGGACCUGAGUGAAUACGCCGAGGCGGUGCAGGAUCUCAAGGACUUGUGGCAGGCGUUCCUAGGCCGCGGCUCGCAUGUGGUGCCCGCCGACGCACCGGGCCGCGCUAGGCCGGGCUUUUACUUCACUGUCGGCCGCGGCAAGCCCGCGUCGCCCAAGAUGUAUCUCUCGCCGGGUUACUAUGUGAAGUCCGAUGUAGAGGUCAUUAAGCGUCUCCGCGGGUUCUAUGCUUCCCGCACGACCGGGUGUGAGAAGCUGCGUGUCGUGGAGGAAUUUGCUGCAGCUUUGAAGGACACUUAUGGCGAUCGGCUAGAGCAGUCCGGCUCAGGCAAGAUAUUCUAUGUCGGAGCCGCCAUGACGAAAAAACACGGGCUGCGGGUCGUCACCUACCAUGACCCUUCUCCAGCAGCACCAUUUCUAGCCAGCAGCACCGUCUCCACCAACACCUCAACCAUCCCUCUCAGCUCACCCCAGACGCCUCGAGGAGAAGCUGCUCUCGUCCAUGCUGCUGCUUGCGGCCGGCGCUCUGGCGGCCGACGUGUCGACCACCGACAAAGCCGGCCCAUCCUCAAGAAUGCCGUAUACAAAAACGCCAAGGUGUCGGCAGAGGCGCGCGUGGCGGACCUGCUAGCGCGCAUGACCAACGAGGAGAAGGCGUCGCAGCGCGACGUCGACACGGCCGCCGAGUCUGGAGAUCACUGGUUCAAGUCCGACCUCAACUGGGUCAAUGGAACCGAGGAUAUCUGGGAAAUAUCAUUGCUCUCUAAUCAUUUUGUCUCUAUCGUUCAAUGGCUCCAGGCUUAUGCAUCAUGACAAAAAGAUGAACGACAACCUGCCGCGCGUCACAGCCGUGCGACGGCUUUCACACUGCUCCCCAGCAGUUCCUCCGCCCUGGCCUCCGCAUUGAGGCGCUUCCACAUGGCCUUGCGCCGUUCAUGCCCCCUAUUAAACGACACCAGCCACUCUUGCCUGAACUCUGGCAGUUUCCUGCCCACCCCUUCCUGUCCCUCGCCCGCUAGCCGCCGCACCGUCUCAAAGUACUCCUCAAAGUCCGGGUUGACGACGCAGAACUUGAUGCCGUCGCCGCGGGCCCUGGCGCGGUCGUCCUCCCACGCGCGCAUCUCGGCAGCAGACGGCAGGCUCGCGCGGCCCGCCAGCACGCGCGCGGCGAGGACGGCCUGCCACUCGAAGAUCUUGAAGGUUAGGCCAGCGGCGACGGCGCCGACGAACGCCAGCGUCGGGUCCGCGUGCCACACGACGUGCUGGUACAGGCCGGGCACGCGGC